CUCUCCGAGAAAAUAUGGAACCUCCACGUCUGACACACCGGCCGUAUCAAGCCACGCCCGCGUAUGGCAAGCCUGCCUCAAAUGAGAACGGCCAGCCUCGUCAACUCGAUCACGAGUACAAUCGCGCAUCCGGUUUCCACUACCCGCCUAUCGAUCUAUCAACGCGGCAGAUACGACUUGUUCGCGUCCUCCCCUCGGCUCUGGGAUCUCCCAUACGAUGCGAAUUCGUAAUGAGCUCAAUAGACAGCACAAACUAUCCUUACACUGCGCUCUCGUACACCUGGGAUGACGCGACAAGCGAGUAUGGCAUAGUCAAGAUCAUUCUAGACGGCCAGGAUUUCUGGGUGCGAAAGAACCUGUGGUACUUUCUCCAUCACACUCGAUUGAAGUCAACCGCAUCCCACACCCAAUAUUGGAUUGAUGCUAUCUGUAUCAAUCAAACUCCGAGCGAGGAAGAAGACAUGAACGAGAAAAAUCACCAAGUGCAACUUAUGGGCGAAAUAUAUAGCGGAGCUCACAUGGUGGUUGCAUGGCUUGGAGAGCCUCCCGAGCGUAUGAUACCAAGCCUUGAGCGUAUCAGUCGCCGCGGCGUCGACAUGAAAUGUCUCCUCGAUAUUAAAGACCCGUCCUCCGAUUUUACAGACGUGUCCACUCGAACCGCGUACCUAGAUCUCAUAAGCCGCCCUUACUUCACUCGCGUUUGGGUAGUGCAAGAGAUAAUCUUGGCACGCAAAAUCGUCUUCAAGUACGGCAGUUCUAGCUUCAACUCAAUCCAAGUCUCGAACGGCCUCACCCAAAUGAAACACCUCUGGGACAACUAUGCCUAUCCACAUGGACUUCGGAUAGAUCGCGCCAUCAUGGAAUUCUUGGGCCUAAAGUCUUCGAAUCCGCUCGACAAAAUUUAUGGGUUGCUUGGUCUCCUGGACGCCGAUGAUAUCGUCCCUGAUUAUGCCAAAUCUCGAGUAGAUUUGUACAGAGAUGUCCUAAAAGCUUGUAUCAGGGGCAUUUGGCGCGAUUGGGCUUCUCGGGCCGAUGAGCUUAGCAUGGUCGUAUACGUAGGCUACGUUCGAUUCUGUUUACUCGAAUUACUUGAACUGGAUGAUAAUGCUGUUGUGCAUGCUGAUAGCAGCGUCAAGGAAGAAAUGGGGAUUGACUGGACGGCGAUCCCGCCUGACCUCUUCGCAGAAGAGCUAGGAGAUCAUGUUAUAGAUAUCAAUAGAGCUGAACGUCGGCAUUUUCGCUCAGGCACACGCGGAAUGGCGCCGCUCUGUAUUUUCGUUUUAGCUGGUAGGUAUCGCAGUAGCUGUACUGUGUAGGGGGUUCUGCACGCGGGGCGAGCUAGGUCUCGCGUUAUACCGCACUCUCUGCUGAACAAUCGUCUUCUACCGUCCUAUUGAGUUAGGUUUUACGUGGGGAGCUACGUCGUAGAGAGAGGUUUGUACUAUUACAUAAUACAUGCUCUGCGAGCAACACAGUAUAGGCACUAUACCCAGCGCAUGUAUGUAUACACGGUAACUUCUACGGUCCUAUACGGAUA